AUGGCGCAAAUCGACACCCUGGACCUGAUCGUCCUGGUUGGUCUUCUUCUUGGAACUGUUGCUUACUUUACAAAAGGAACCUACUGGGCUGUUCAGAAAGACCCUUAUGCCGCUGCCUCUAGUGCCCUCAAUGGGGCCAAGGCUGGUAAGACCAGGAACAUUGUCGAAAAGUUGGUUGAAAACGACAAGAACUGUGUUAUUUUCUACGGCUCUCAGACUGGUACCGCCGAGGACUAUGCCUCUCGUCUCGCCAAGGAAGGCUCCCAGCGUUUUGGUCUCAAGACCAUGGUGGCCGACCUGGAGGAGUACGAUCUCGACCUUUUGGACACCUUCCCCGAAGAUAAAAUCGCCUUCUUCGUCCUUGCUACCUACGGUGAGGGUGAGCCGACCGACAACGCCGUUGAAUUCUAUCAGUUCAUCACUGGUGAGGAUGUCGCCUUUGCCAGCGGUGCUACUGCCGACGAUAAGCCUCUCUCCAAACUCAAAUACGUAACUUUCGGUCUCGGAAACAACACCUACGAGCACUACAACGCUAUGGUUCGCCAAGUCGACGCUGCCUUGACCAAGUUGGGUGCCAAAAGAAUCGGCAGUGCAGGUGAAGGCGACGACGGUGCUGGUACAAUGGAGGAGGACUUCCUUGCAUGGAAGGAGCCUAUGUGGACUGAACUCGCUGCUGAAUUGGGAUUGGAAGAGCGUGAGGCCCAGUACGAACCCGUCUUCUCUAUCAUUGAACAGGAAGACUUGACCCCUGAAGAUGCCGCUGUCUACCUUGGAGAACCCAACCUCAACCAUUUGGAACAUGCGGGCAAGGGACCCUACUCUGCUCACAACCCGUACAUUGCCCCUAUCGCCGAGUCUCGUGAAUUGUUUACUGUGAAGGACCGAAACUGUUUGCACAUGGAAAUUGAUAUCUCUGGAAGCGGCUUACACUACCAGACCGGUGAUCACAUUGCUGUCUGGCCCACCAACGCUGGCCUUGAGGUUGACCGUUUCUUGAAGGUCUUCGGUCUCGAGUCCAAGCGUGACACUGUCGUCAAGAUCAAGGGUCUCGAUGUCACUGCCAAGGUUCCUUUCCCUACGCCCACUACCUACGAUGCCGCUGUUCGUUACUACAUGGAAAUUUGCGCUCCCGUGUCUCGUCAAUUCGUUAGCACCCUCGCCGCAUUCGCUCCCGAUGAGAAGGCCAAGGCUGAGAUGGUGCGCCUUGGAAACGACAAGGACUAUUUCCACGAAAAAAUCAGCAGUCAAUGCUUCAACAUCGCCCAGGCUCUCGAAAGCGUCUCGUCUACUCCUUUUACCGCUGUUCCAUUCUCGUGUCUAAUUGAAGGUAUCAACCGCAUCCAGCCUCGUUACUACUCCAUCUCUUCUUCCUCCCUCGUCCAGAAGGAGAAGAUUAGCAUUACUGCAGUCGUCGAGUCCGUUCGCAUUCCUGGUGCCACUCAUCUCGUCAAGGGUGUCACCACCAAUUACCUGUUGGCCCUCAAGCAAAAGCAGCACGGAGAACCUAACCCCGAUCCUCACGGUCUCACCUACGCUAUCACCGGUCCCCGUAACAAGUACGAUGGAGUUCACGUCCCUGUUCACGUCCGUCACUCGAAUUUCAAGUUGCCGUCAGAUCCUUCCAAGCCUGUUAUCAUGGUCGGACCCGGUACCGGUGUCGCUCCCUUCCGUGGUUUCGUCCAAGAGCGUGCCGCUAUGGCUGCUCGGGGUGAUGCAGUUGGACCUACAGUUUUGUUCUUUGGAUGCAGAAAGAGUACCGAGGAUUUCCUUUACAAGGAUGAGUGGACGGCAUAUGAACAGCAGCUUGGAGAGAAUUUCAAACUGUUCACCGCAUUCUCCCGAGAAGGUGCCGAAAAGGUCUACGUCCAACAUCGUCUACGUGAAAACGCAGCCUACAUCAACAAGCUUUUGGAGCAGAAGGCUUACUUCUACGUCUGUGGUGACGCCGCACACAUGGCUCSCGAAGUCAACACUGUUCUCGGUCAAAUCAUUGCCGAACAGCGUGGCUUGACACCUGAGAAGGGUGAAGAGAUUGUCAAGCACAUGCGCAGCAGUGGAACCUACCAGGAGGAUAUCACUAUGACUCCAGUGGUUGCACCCCCUGAGAUCAAGAAGGACUCCAUCUACGAUCCAGGCAAAUACAUUCCUCCGGCUGGAAAGCUGAGCUUGCCUCUCCGUACUCGCCACAAGGGUGCCGAAGGGACCAAUGGAGCUCUGCAUCAUCCCAACUCCGACUAUGCCAGUCUUGCUCGAGAUACCAUGUACAACGCCCCAAUUAUGGUGGGUGGGAUGAAUCCAAAUGGUCACUUCAGCCAACGUCAAGUCACUCCUCCCGGUCCAUCUAUGGCCGGAAUGCCUGUUCCUCCAACUGUAUACUAUCCUGGCUUCGUUGGCGGUGCACCUAUCACCCCCGUGAACUUUCCCUCUAUGCCAUGGGGAGCCCAAGGAUCCGGCUUGAGCCAUACCCCUGCUAAUUCCUGGUCUUUUGAGGAAAAGAAUCCCUUGAGCGACUAUUCCGGAGUCAGCAAUGGCUACCAUUCGUAUGGCUCAAUUAUUGAUCAACGCACUCCGUUGGGCCCUUACCCUAUGUUGCAAGGCAUUCAGUUACAGCAGCCAUGUCUUCAGUACCAGAUGAUGAAAACCCCAAAUGGCUACAUUGUUCAGGAUCUCGAGCUGCUCACCCAGCAGGAUCCUCCGAUUCCUCGGGCCAUUCCUGCCAUGUGGACUAACCAGUCUGACCUAACUCUUGCCAAAUGCCUUGAAAACCGCGAGGGCAUUACAAAUGUCUACAUUCGUGGCUUUCCUCCUGAGACAACCGACGAAAUGCUUCAUGCAUAUGCCGCUCGCUUCGGAGAAAUCGAUCGAUGCAAGGCAAUUGUAGAUCUAGACACGGGUCUCUGCAAAGGAUUUGCAUUCGUCCAAUUCUACAACUUUGAGUCGUGCGAGAAUUGCAUUCGCGGAUUCUACUAUCUUGGCUAUCAAGCCUCUUUCGCUCAAAAGAGUCGUAACUCUCGUCUCAAAGAUUUGGAAGACAAGAACUCCACAAACAUUUACUGCACCAAUGUACCAAUCGAAUGGUCUGAGGCUGACCUACGUCGCCACUUUGAGCCCUAUCGAGUGGUGUCUGAGAAGAUCAGUCGUGACGAAAAGACAGGAGUCAGCAAGGAAGUUGGGUUUGCUCGUUUUGAAAGCCGUGAGAUUGCAGAGCGCGUGAUCGAAGAGUUCCAUAAUGUCGCUGGCAAGGACGGACACAAAUUGCUUCUCCGCUUUGCUGAUACUAAAGCCCAGAAGAUCUUGAAGCAGCAAUCCAACGAACGUCGUGCUUAUCGUGCUGGAGAGUACAAUUACUCCGUUGAAGUGGUUCAGGGCUCAACCCCGUCACCCGCGACUUCCCGAACCUUGGGUAAUGAACAUGUUUCACCCCUAUCCUUCCAGUCUCCAGUUGGCAUUGGUCCUGCAUGGACUCCUGCUACAACAAUCUCUCCUUCGAUUCCCGUGAAGAAUGCUGGUGUUCGUCGUGCAUUGAAUGGAGUUCAUCCAUUCGGAGUUCGUCCUAUAACAAACGGUGAAAAUACACCAGCCUCUCGUGAGAGAGUUGCUGCGGCUGCUCCUAGUGCAUUGCCGGAGAAGAGCGCAGUCAUAUCGCCUACCAAGCCUGGAGUCACCGUGAACAUUGCGACGCCUCACACUCCUACCAAGAAGGCUCCUGCAUUGCGCAAGUCGAGCUCCGUCUCUCCUGCUGCUUCCCGAAAGAAGGUUGAGAAGUUCUCUCCAAAGUCUGCCGCUGCUUAG